AUGAAGGAGGAGGAAAAAGAGAAACGGAGUUGCAGCACUCAUAAACGGAUAGGGGAGGUAGCUGGGGGCACAGCGGCGGAGUGUGCAAUGGUAUGCUGUUGUUGUCCAUGGACGGUGAUGCAUUUAUUGGUACUAGCGGUGUACAAAGUUCCGACGGGACUAUGCCGGAAUAUAUGGAGGAAGAAGAAGCGGGAGAGGCUUUUGAGGAAGAAGAAGAAAGAGGAGGAUUCAUGGAAAUCGAUGAAGAAUAAUAAAAAUGUUUACCUUGGUGCCUAUGAUGAAGACGACGGCGAUCGGGAGAAAUUUGACGGUGAAGACGACGACGGAGUACAAGAAGCCGCCGAUUUUGAAACGGAGAUGUGGGACCGGUUCUAUGGAGCUGGGUUUUGGAGGACCCUAUCUCAGAGAGAGGAGGACUUAACAUGGCAUAAUCAAAAUAAGUAA